AUAGCACCAGAGAGAGAAGGAGAACUUGCGGAAAAGAUGGAGAUGAAGAUGAGCUGUGUGUGUUUGGUGCUGGGGCUGGUCCUGCUGAUGACCAUCUCCUCAGACGCUGAACCUCAUGGUGCUGGCCAUCCUGUUCAGUGCUGUUUCAGCUUUACCAAUAUUAAAAUUCCACCCAACCUAAUCAUAAAAGUUGAAAAAACACCUUCUGAAUGCCCAAAGCCAGGCUACGUGGUUACUACGCCCAAGAACAAGUUCUGCAAGCACGAAAUAAAUGGAUUGGCAUCUUGAAUGAAGACUGGAUUUCAGUGCUGCAGCUUAUAUGUAACCCAAAUGCAACAUCCAAAGUGCUUGGAAAGUUGAGAUGCUCCUAUAUUUACCUUACAUUGCUCCUAUAUUUGCAUAUGUAUUUCCUUACAUUACAUUACAUUGUUUUAAUGAAUUCAUGUAUUCCUUUCUUUCAAUACUAUCAAUGCUUUUUAAUGCUGUGGAUCCAAAUAACGCAAUAAAAUGAUG